CUCGAUGGCGAAGAUCUGGAUUUUGCGGUUGCUCCUCGUCUGGCUCUCCAUAGAUCGUUGCCAUGGCGACUCUUGCCCCCAACCCUGUGUGUGUACCACGGUCGGGCGGAGAGGAUUCAUUAUAGAUUGCAGCUUUAAGAAGCUCAGGAACGUGCCCCAAAUCCCUGAGAGCGCCAUCAGACUUUACCUACAGGGAAACAGCCUGACCACGAUCCCCGCCGGGGUCUUUGACCACUUGAGAAACCUGGAAGAAGUGGACGUGUCCCGGAAUCCGUGGACUUGCGACUGCAGCGUUCUCUACGUGAAGAGCUGGCUGGAGGCCCAGAACACGGUCAGACACUUUGGAGACGUGCGAUGUGCCACCCCGGCCGCGGUGUCUCAGGUACCGUUCCAGAACCUCUCGGGCAACGAGCUCCAACGCUGUGAAGAUACGUGGCCCACCCAGUGCCGUGAGUUUUUUGUGAGGGAUCUCUAUCUCAUCGGCUUUGCUGUCGUUCUGCUGAUCUUCAUGUCUUACGCUCUGAGGAUCUCCAAGCGGCUGGCGUGUCGCGUUACCAUGAACAUCCCGACGGGAAACCGUUUCAAAACAUGUACGCGAGACAGCCACAAAUCCACGUAGCGGAGCUCGGAGCCACGGGAGGAACCGGAGACAUCGGGGGGACAGUGACUGCCGGCUGACGCGAGCGUUCCCUUACCGCCAGGAGUCGUAAAUUUCUGUAAAUGUGCUAAAUAUUCCCCAAAUCUGCUGGCAAAAUGUUUUACUUCCUGGUGCGUUAUUACGAGGAGCCCGUAAUAAUUUACCAAACCCGCUAUUUCUGUCCUUAAUUCCGUGGAUUCUAGGAAUUGAAGGAUUCUCGCGCAUCUUUUAGUUUUAUUAAU